AUGGCACCACCGUACCGAAUGGACCAGAUCGGCUCACUGCUUCGGCCCGAGAAGUUACUGAAAGCACGCCAGGCUCUCUUCUCGCCAUCGCAGAUGUAUGAGGUCUCCAAUGAUGCUCAGAUCAAACAAGCAGAAGCAGAAGCAAUUGAUGAAGUCGUCAAGAAGCAGCUUGAGUUGAAAAUCCGACCGAUCUGCAGCGGCGAGUACUGCCGUCAUAUCUUUUAUGCAGGGCUCUUCGAAACGCUCGAGGGAAUGAAGCCGGAGCCAGAGUUGCCGAUUCCAGAUGCAUUCAGGACGGACUUCCCCACCACGACUGGUCUUGCAAAGAUGGGAGCCAAGACGCGUGCUGCUGUCGUGUGCAAUGGACCUAUCCGAUGGAGGAAGAGUGCAUAUCUGGAGGAGUGGCAGCUGUUGACGAGGACAUUACCUGAAUCGGAGUGGAAGCACUGCAAGAUCACUAUGCCAGCGCCGAACUAUCAGCACAUUCAACUGAAGCCUGGAACUGCUUACACUGCGCAGUCUGGCUACCGUAAUGACGAGGAGUAUUUCCAGGCUCUGGGUGAAGCUUACACUGCUGAGAUCAAGGCUCUGUACGAUGCCGGCUGCAGGAACAUCCAGGUGGACGAUCCGCAUCUGACCUAUUUCUGCUCUUCGCAGUUUUUGGGAGGAUGUAAAGCCGACGGUGUCGAUACUGAUGCUUUGCUGGAUUUGUACCUCGAAUCACAUAACCACUUCCUACGACAGAAGCCUAAGGACCUGCACAUGGGCAUGCAUCUCUGCCGUGGCAAUAUGUCUGGGUCAACCCAUUGGGUAUCUGGCAGCUACGAUCAAAUCGCCGAGAAGCUCUUCUCGAAAACGCAGUAUGACAGCUACUAUCUGGAGUUUGACGACGUCGGUCGGACUGGUGGCUUCGAGCCAUUGAGGUUCCUACCGAAGGGCAAGAAUGUCGUACUAGGCCUAGUAUCGACCAAGAAAGCCGAGCUGGAGGGUAAAGAAGAUCUGAAGGCUAAGGUAAAGCAAGCUGCAAAGGAGGUGGCGCGUGGUCAGGGCGUGACUGGUGGUAAGGAUAUGACUUUUGAGAGGAUGUGGGGAAAGUUGUUGCUUGUGAGAGAUACUGCCAGCGAGGUUUGGUAA